AUGGGUUUCACCGACUUUGUCUCGGAGGCUGGCCUCACCCUUGCCAACAACUUCCUGUCCACUCGCAGCUACGUCGUUGGUGACGCUCCUUCUCAGGCCGAUGUUGUGACCUUCAAGGCCUUCUCCGGCGCUCCUGACGCUGAGAAGUACCCCCACGUUGCCCGCUGGUACAAGCACAUCGCCUCGUACGAGUCUGAGUUCGCCUCUCUCCCUGGUGACGCCUCCAAGGCCUACACCACCUAUGGCCCUGAGGCUACUGAGCUGCCCACCAACCCCAAGGACAAGCCUGCUGAGGAGGACGACGACGAUGUCGACCUCUUCGGCAGUGAUGACGAGGACGAGGAGACCAUCCGUGUCCGUGAGGCUCGUCUUCAGGAGUACAAGGAGAAGAAGGAGAAGAAGGGACCUAAGCCCGCUGCCAAGUCCCUCGUGACUUUGGAGGUUAAGCCUUGGGAUGAUGAGACCAACCUCGAGGAGCUCGAGGCUAACGUCCGUGCCAUCGACCAGGACGGUCUUGUCUGGGGUGCCAGCAAGUUCGUCGCUGUUGGUUUCGGUAUCAAGAAGCUCCAGAUCAACUUGGUCGUUGAGGACGAGAAGGUCUCCACCGACGAGCUCCAGGCCCGCAUUGAGGAGGACGAGGACCACGUUCAGUCCACCGAUGUUGCCGCUAUGCAGAAGCUGUAAAUGAAAUGCCUUUUAUGAAGAACAAUGGCGUGAUGUUUUCCACGGGAAUUAUAGUAUUAUGAAUUUAGAAUUCGACAUGGAGUAACUUCCAGUCGUUUUGAUGAAAAUCAAAAUUAGCAAAAAACAAAGAAUACCCACUAUUUCCAAAGUUCAUCGCUCUUCAUGACUUUCACGUAUUUUAACCUGCCUUGGUGGGAUGGAUUAUUUAAGUCACC